GGUGUUCAUAUGACUCUGAGGAGCAGCAGAGCAGGUGUCAUUUCUGACAACAGCAGCAUACAAAAGGAGGAAAGAAGGAAACCAGUCACGGUUAUGUCAGGUUCUGAGAAACAGACGUAUUUCACUAUUGUGACUGGACAGACGAUAAACGCUGAUGUGGACUUUAUCACAAAUCUCCACAAACACCGACCAAACCUGCAGAAGGUGUCUUCAGUGGAGGAGUGUGAUGUCAUUCUGGUUUUCUGUCCUGUUGUUUCUCGAGCUGGAACUGACAUUGAAGCAGCACUGAAAAAACUCAAUGACAAAUCAGCCACCAAACCUGCUGUUCUAGUGGUGCUCCAUCAUACGUUUGACCCAGACAGCACAGUACCAGACAGCAGCAGAUCUGUAAACAGAGAGAACACAUUCACAGUGGACUGUCUGUUCUAUGAGGAUAAAGGACUGCUGCAGUGCGAGAAGAAUGAUACUGCAUUAGAAAAAAUCACAAAGCACUUAAAACCUCAGAAAUCAGCAUCAGCCUCAACAAGCAGGGAUGGUGCUCUGAGUUCACAACCCUCAGCGCAGCCUUUAACGGAGCCAUUGCUUCAGACCAACAGGAGUAAUGUAAAUCAAGACACAGAGUCAAGCUGUGGACACUGCUGUAGCAUGUCUUGUGCUUGCUGUUUUUUCAUAUAUGAAAUUAUUGACUGCUUGCAACUGUUGGUUUAGUAGAAACAGGAGUGGAGACUUUGUUGAGGAAAAGAAGUUUAAUAAACGCAUGUCUUCCCAACCAAGCAAGUCUAACUAAUCUUACAAAACGAUGAACUUAUAGUCACGAAUGUACACCACACCCUCUAGUUGACUCUUUGUCUAAAUGACCCAGAAACCCCCCUACUGGAUGGGCAACUGCCUCUACCUUUGUAAUUAAAAUAGAGGUGUUGAGGCCCACCCAGGAAUUUACAGUCUCACCCCAUCUAGGAGCCAGGAUGUCUCCGAGAUAUCCCUUCAACAAAUGGCAUUGUUAGAUUGGGGAGCUAUAGAUAACCAGAUGUAAAAUAGGCUAACCAUUGGAGGUCGUUACAUGGCAAAGGGAUUAAUAAAAAUUAAUAAAAGCAAAUAAAGUAAAAUAAUAUUUAACAAAAUCAUCUGUAGUUGCAUUCUUGAGUGCAUUUGUGGCAUAUGUUGUUAAAAUUGUGAGGCUUAUUUGAAGCAAUAUAGAUUUGUGUCUAAACACUAAAAGAGUUAACACAAUAUGAUUACUGGUCCUUGAGAUGUACUAAUUCAGAUCCAGCACACCUGGCUCUCAUAUGACUUCAUUACCUAGAUCAGGUGUGUUAGAUCAGAGUUGGAGCUAAACUCUGCAGGGUGGUAAAUCUCAAGGACCAGAAUUGGGCACCCCUGUCCUAAAAGAUCAUUCCAUACCAACUAUUUAGGCCCUGGCAGGUUGUGUCUUGUUUUACCUAAUAACAUUUAUGAAAGAACUUCAAAUGAAUUCAUGCAAAAUUUAAAAGCUGCACCAAAUUACCACCUUAUUUUAAUGUAGUAACUGGUACCACUGAGUUAUCUUGUUAUUUCAAAUCUCGUUUUUUAAAGUUAGCCUAGAGCCUCAUAUAAAUGCCUGUUGUUUAUUAUAACAAGCUGCUUUAGUGAGUUGUAAGUGGCUUCACUGACAACAUUAUAUUUGGUUCAAAAUAACUAUGUUAUGUUAUGUAAUAUGAUGCUGUCUUAAAGAGAUUAUCUGUCAA